AUGGCUUGUGGUACUUCUGUAAUCUCCAAAUUUGGCCUAGUCGUCGCCUUCACGCUGGCCGUCAUGUACCUUCGUACGGCAGAAGCUCAGCUCGCGGACCGUUUAGAAUCUCGGUACGGCACUGGACAGGGGUCCUCUGCCGGCGGCGGCAACAACCGCGCCGCCAUCAGCACCAGCGGUGGUGGCUUGCUUGGCGGCGGCGGUCUUCUGGGCAGCGUCCCCGGCGGUGGUUUGUUGGGCGGCGGCGGCAGCAGCGGCGGCGGCGGUGGAGGUCUUCUUGGUACUGGCGGCACCGGUGGCGGCUUGCUUGGCGGCGGCGGUCUUCUCGGUAGCGUCCCCGGCGGCGGUUUACUGGGCGGCGGCGGCGGCGGUGGUGGUGGAGGUCUUCUUGGUACUGGCGGCACCGGUGGCGGCUUGCUUGGCGGCGGCGGUCUUCUGGGCAGCGUCCCUGGCGGUGGUUUGUUGGGCGGCGGCGGCAGCAGCGGCGGCGGCGGUGGAGGUCUUCUUGGUACUGGCGGCACCGGUGGCGGCUUGCUUGGCGGCGCUGGCGGCGGCAAUUUGCUGGGUGCUCUCCCUGGAGCCGGCAGUCUUCUGGGCGGUGGCGCUGGCGGCGGCUUAAUGGGUACUGGCACCGGCCUUUUAGGGAGCGGCGGCAGCAGCGGUGCCGGCCUGCUUGGCGGCGGCGGCGGCGCUGGCGGCGGCGGCAAUAUGCUGGGUGGCAUUGCAGGAGCUAACUUGCUCAGCGGCGCCGGCGGCGGCCGGCCUGGCGGCGGCGUCACCAGCGGCGGCGGCGUCGCCGGAGGCAGCUGGCCUGGCGGCGGCGUCGCCAGCGGCGGCGGCAUCGGAGGCCGCCGGCCUGGCGGCAGUGACACCGGCGGCGGCCUGAUGGGCGCUGCCAAUGGCCUUCUUGGUGGUGCCGGCGGUGCUAUGGGCAGCCUGCUGGACGGCGCCGCCGGUACCGCAACUAAUAUGAUGGGUAGCAUCCCUGGCGGUGGCCGCCUGGGUGGCAGCAGCGGCGGCAACUUGCUGGGUAGCGGCGGCGGCUUGCUUGGCGGCGCCGGCGGUAACGGCGCCGGAUCUGGGCUUCUGGGUGGCGGCGCCGCUGGCGGCAACCUGCUGAACGGCGGCACCGGCGGCGGCGCCGCUGGCGGGCUUCUAGGCACCAGCCCACUCGCGAGUGGAGGUCUACUAAGUGGGGCCGGGAACAUGCUUGGCGGUGGCAGCCUGUUGGGAAGCGGCAGCCUGCUUGCGGGCAGCGGCAACGGCAACAGCGCCGGUACUGCGCCCACCACCGCCGCCAGCUCUGGCGGCGGCACCAACGGCGGCUUUCUGGGCGGCAACCUGUUGAGCGGCGGCGGUCUACUCGGCGGUACUACAAGCUCCAGCGGCGGCGGCGCCGCCGCCAGAACCAACAUCACCAUCGACUUUAUGCCCGUCGCUUCUGCGUGCGAGCUGACCAGCCGUACCUUCUGCAGUGACUGCAUCUGCGCCCUCACGGAGGCCUACAUGCCGGCGUUCAUCAGCGGGGAGCUGUUCAACGGUUUGGGGCCCAACACCACCGCGGACAACUUCCCUGUACAGAGAGCCUCAGACAUCAUCACCUCGUGCACGCUUGGAGAGUUCAUGUUGCCUAUGUUGGCAGCUGGUGUCCGUCUCAUCAACUUGGAGGGCCUUACACGCUGCAACUACUCCGGUGAGCAGUUGGAAGUUGGGUAG